AUGCAGAAACUCACACCACACGUUGUUAUUGUCCCAGCAUCUUUUGCCCCACCAUCACUAUACUCCAAACUCGUUCAAAGCCUUGCACAAUAUGCACUAGAGACAACUGUCGUCGACCUCCCGUCUGUUGGAUUUCGCGACACGCUGCCAGCUGCUUCCAUGGAGGAAGAUGCUGGGUAUAUCGAAACAGUCACAACGAAGCUAGCUGAUGAGGGCUAUGAGAUCAUCUUGGUGAUGCACUCUUAUGGCGGAAUAUGCGGUACAGAGAGUACGGCUGGGGCUUCAAAGAAGGAGAGAGAAGCUGCUGGAAAGCAGGGAGGUAUAGUUCAGCUUGUUUAUAUCAGCUCCCCAGUCCCUAAAAUUGGCGGAUCAGUCAAGACCAUGAUGGGCGAUAACAUGCCCCAUUUCAUGACAGCCGAGGGAGACUAUCUCAUAUCUGAGCCGGAAGGCUGCGCGAGCAUCAAUUUCUCAGACCUUCCAAAAGCCGAGGCGUUGGCAUACGCAAAACAAAUGACAGCACAUUCAGCGGCUAGCUUUGCUGGGCCACUAAAAAAUGCAGGAUACUUGAGUAUCCCUGUUGCAUAUUUAAUUUGUCAGAAGGAUAUCUCUGUGCCGUCUGGCGUCCAGAGAUCUGUGGUCGAUAUGAUAUCUAAAAAAAGCGGUCGACAGGUUAUCACGUUUUGUUGUGAUGCUGGACACUUUCCACCAGUCAGUAUCCCGGGAAAAGUAGCUUCUUUUAUCAAUACAGUUGCUGCUAGAAUUCUUAGAGAGUAG